GAAAAGGCUAAAAUAUUAGCUGGUGAUAUUUAUUGUUUUGUUGGUCGAACAAACCAUGGCUGAUCGAAUUAUCGCCGCACUUGAAUAUUUAGACGCCCAUACAUCAUUAGUUUUGCAAAAACCGAAGCAUCGUUCACUGGGAGAUAUAGAAGCUAAGUAUGACGUCAUAGAUCCAACCGAUGACCUAAAUCUUCAUGAAAAUGUCACCCUGACUGGCAUCUCCAAAACCAAUCCGUCCAGUAGCAAAAGUAUUGACCAAAUUUUAAAAGAAGACAGGGAAAGAAUUCUUUAUUCUUCUAAUAAACGUUUAAAAUCAGCUCUAUCGUACAAAACAUUCAAAGAUAUGCCUGCUCCGUCAUACUGUGAGUAUUCCGUGAACCCACAACGUCGUCGAAUUCAUCGAUCAGAGGUUACUUCUGCGUCUUCUACGAGGACCUCUGUAAAACGAUUGUCAUUCACACCACCUGGAGUAACCUUAAGAUCAAGUGACGCACGCGAUGAUGUGAUGAACGAGAUAGUUAAAAAGCCGUUGACACACAGACAACCUCAGGUGCAUAAAGUUCGGCUUGGAUAUCGAGAUACAAGGUCAGCACCAUGCAGACCUCCACAUAGGUCAACAAUUUCAACGAAACACUCAAUAAAAAGAUCAAAAACAGGCAAUAGUCAAAGGAAUCAAAGGACUUUAUAUGACAAGGAGUGGCAGAAUACUCCUGGGCCCUACUCCUCGGUUAAGGUGAAGGAGCAAGACAUGUGGGUAGUAUCUAAUUCAACACCAGCACAGUACUUUAGCUCUGGGGUAAUUACGGGAGAAGAAAAAAAGAUGCCACGAUGGGGAACCACUGUAGAUUCAAUGCCUCUGGCUGAAAAGAGAACUGUACCAAGAUAUGAAAGGCAGUUGGGGGCUCCUCCACAGUUUGGGAACAGUGUACAGUGGUACACCUUUGCUGGCGGUGAUUCUGCCAAGAAGAAACCCGUUCUUACUGCUUUUACAGAUGACCAACAAGAUGAGUACUAUAACAUAGAAUCACAAGUAAGUCAAAAGGUGGCACAGCAGUUACAGGGAAGUCCCGGUAUCAGGAUUGCUGUUAACGGAAACUUGAUUUCAAAUUCCAUGAAGGUGGGAAAAUCAGUAUCAAACAACAUGUGUAAUGAUGAUGGUUCUAAUGAUGAUAUCAGUGAUGGUGACAGUGGAACAGAAUCAAUCGCAGAUUCAUUCCAUUCUGAGAGUGAAGAAGCUACCACUUCCAAAAGCCAAAGUACAGAUCAUGGAUUAAGUCAUUGUAAUGAAGCAAACCAUAAUUUUAGUCUUUUACAUUACAUUGGAGUGGAAAAAGGAAGUAAUCAAUACGCUGAAACUUCAGUGUCUGAAACAUCAUGUAGUGAUACAACUUUGUCUGAUUUCAAUAAACAACCACAGAUUCAAGUUGACAAAGAAGAUGAGGCAGUUUGGAAAUUACUUGAAGGGGCUUCACCUUCUUUGUGGUUAAGUAAGGAAAAGUGGAAGCAAAGUCAAAUCAAUGCCAUUCGAAAAUCAAAAAAAGUAAAAAAUAUUAGCAAAAUAGUGGAAGAGAUAUCUGAGCCUUUGUCUUGGGAAAAACAGUUAAAAAAACAAGAUGCAAAAGUUCUUGUGGGAAGUUUUGGAAACAAUUGUCCACGAAGCAAGAUUAAAAGUGCUUCCCUUCCAGUCAGAUUUCAUAAACUAAUAUCUUAUGAUCAUCUUCCAAUGAAUUUUGUUCAUAUGACAUCGACUGGUUAUCGACCACAUUCAAGUGUGUCAGUUGUGGAUCAAAAUUUAAACAUUACAACUUCUUCACUGCGAUCUGCUGCUGCUGAGGAAUAUGCCAUUCAGGGUAAAGAAAGUCGGAACAAUGUAUAUAUGGUUUCGCGCCCAUUUACUGCACAUAGUUUUUUGAAGCCAAAACAAGAUCAGUUACAAAUCAAUGUAAAAACGUCUUUUGGAAAUUCAACUAAAGGUUUUUUUCCACGUUCUGUGCAUUAUAAAACUGAUGAUAUAAGCGGUGAAGAGCUAAAUGCAAUGCGACAAGAAGCAGAUUAUAAUAUGAAAGUAACUUCUGUUGGAAAUGAAUCUUCUCAAGAUAAAGAUAGUUUGAAUCAGCAAAACAAAUCUAAGCAAAAGUCAAACGGUAUAUCUGAAGCAAGUACAUCUCAGAACAGGAAUAGACGGAAUUACCCUGUCACACUAAACAGUAUAGCUGUGAAGUCGGGAGCAAUCAUCAGCAAUGUAGAUAUUCAACCAUCAUCUAAUUUAUCUGCUGUUCCGGUUAGCUCACUCAACCUGAAUGGGCUUGAAACAUACAAUGUUGCUAAUGGACCAAACCCUCCAAUGCCAGAGAGAGUUGAAAGCGAUUCAACAUCAAGAUACGGUGCUGUGCCUGGUACAAAAACCACUGUACCGGUAAACACUCCAAAAUCACCACUUUCCUUUUUCAAACAUUCGUUUGAAUUGUUUCGACAAGAUUCGAAACAUAAUAUUACUCAUGAUAAAGUUGCUUCAAGCAAAAUGGUUUCUCCAAAUCAUUCAUUAGUGGCAAGUCCACGUUAUACUGUGCAAAGUACACAUGGUUUAGGUAGCACACCACGGAGGGCUGGAGGUUUUACUUCAUCUGCAAUCACUGCGCUCAAGUCUAGUCAAAGCUGUGGUAGUUUCAAGUCAGCAAAAAAGAUUUCAAGAUCCUCACAUGGACGUGAUCCUAUUUACUUGGAAGAACACAGACAAAAUAAAGUUGAACCAUUUGAUGCAGAAAUAAAGUUUCAAAAAUUGGUCAAAAAACCUGGAUUUAUUCAAAUCUCACAUUCCUUAAACAUCCCAUCUCAUGAACCUUCCUCUACUAAUACAAGUAUGCCAUAUGACAAACUGAAUGAUAGUUGCAAAGUGGAAAUGGGAAAAAAAAGUGAAGCCAAAAAGAAACAAAAUACAAUGGAUAAACCAAGUGGGAUAAUUUGUAAAAGUCUUGGGGGUUUCUCUGGCAAACAUAUUGUUGAACGGAAAACUUUUGCAGCCGAAGGAAAAGGGAAUUCUGCAAAUGUUGCUGGUGGACAUAAUACUGGCUUUACAAAAUUGGCAGAUCUAAAUGCAAACAAUAUUCAAAAUAAGCGCCAACCAAACCAACUCACACUUCAUGGUGAUCCAGUGAGAUUAAACUUGGACAAAAACAUCCAUCUAAUUUAUCGCGAUCUUGGACUAACAAAAAGAAAUUCUUCUCCAAACUCCCCUAUUCAGUCCAAUUCCUUUACUCUUGAUCAAACAAACAAUGGAAAAAAUCAAUCAGCUGAUCAUCGCGAUGUGAUUUCACGGUCAAAUACGAGUUCCGCCAAAUCACGACUUAGUCGUCACUCUGCUUACGGUUUGGAAAGCGUUGUAGUGAAUAUACCUACUGGAGAUAAUACAGAAACUACUGCAGAUAAAAUAGGAGAAAACGUGGUAAAGGAUACUCAACAUGAAGUGCCAAAAAAUGCCCAAGAAGAGUUAGUUGGUAAAAAUGAAGUAGAAGAAGUACAAGAGGAUGUUCAUGAUAAUAAUGAACCAGACAGUAAAACAAAACAAGCCAGCAAUAUGAAAUCAAAUGAGGUUGUGGAUUCUGAAACUCAGUAUAAUCCUCCCCCUCUGCUUGAACAGCCUGCAGUUCCAGAUUUUGAUGGGUUAAGUGAGGAUCCAAACACAAAAGAAAACGAAAAGAAAAUUUUAAAUAAUGGGAAUCUGUCUGAGUCUAAGACAGAAUUCACUGGUUACGAUGAUGUUGCUGCUGGUGGAAACCCUAUAUUAUCUAACGAAAAGCAAACCGCUGCAAAGAAUGACAAUCUUAUAGUUUUAGAGCAGAGUGAGGGGGUGCCCCUAACCAGACAAAGAAGUAGAAGUGAAAGCAAUGUUGAAAGGAAUAUAAAGGAAGAUGAAUCAGAGGUUGCAGAAGAAGAAGUGGAUGUACGAGGUGUGACAAAAGUCACCGUAAACAUCGCAUCAGUUAUUUGAAUUUGUAAACAGUGUGAUUUUGUUGGCAGAACUGAUAUUAAUAGCAUUCUAGCUUACUUAUUUGAUUAAUAUAUUGAUUUAUUAGUUAAAAAUAUUAAGAAAAUAUUUUGUUUUCAUAAAUUUAAAUGUAAAAUGUUUAUUUCUUAUGUGGUUAUUUCCUUUCUCAUGUCAUCUUUUAUAAAAUAAAUUUGUACAAAUUCAUAAAGGUCAUGGAACCUAGCAAAAUUGCUUUA